AUGUCGUUAUUGGUAGUAACUAGAGUUAUCUUUCUUAGCGCACCUGCAUUCGUAGAUGGCAUUUUUAUAUUCAUAGUUUUUAUCAUGGAAACCAAUACCAAUGAAUCACAUGGAGAUAAACAGUCUGAGAAACUUCCUGAUAUGGAUACCUUAAAGCAAAUAAAACCAACUAAAGAAAGUGUUUCUAGUUUAAAUGGGAAGAAGAAUUUAAAAGGAAAACCAAAACCCUUAUAUUUUUGGACGAGUGCUGAUGUCAAUAAAUGGUUGAGGAAGCAUGGUGGAGUGUGUUAUGAUUUAUAUGGUGAUAUGUUGUAUCAGAAUGAUGUCACAGGUAGAACAUUAAUUAAAAUAAAUGAAAUAAAAUUAGAAAAGAUUGGAAUAACUGAUGUUACACAUAGAAAAGACAUGAUGCAGCACAUCUUAAGAUUAAGAUUAAAACACGAGGUGACAGAUUUGAAAAAUCUGGGACAGAAAGGAUCAGGGUUUGAAUUGAAACUUCCAGAAUCUUCUCGAAUACCACAACAAGAAAAGACAGACAAAUCUAGUGAGAAAUAG